AUGAUGCAUCCGUUUCGUGCCCCGGCAGCCGCCGCGGUGCUCUGCUCAACCACGCUGCUGCUAGCUGCCGUCCUCGCCACCGACGCCACCAUAAACACCACCACGCCGUCGUUGCCGUCCUCGUCGUCCUCGCCCUGCGCCCCGGCGACGUGCGGGGGCCUGCGCAUCGAGUACCCAUUCUGGCUCGGCGGCACGCACCCGCCAGAGUGCGGCUACCGGGCCUUCCAGGUCACGUGCGACGGCAACGGCACGGCCUUCCUCGAGAACUCAUUCUGGAAGUACCAGAUCCUGGACAUCUAUUACGACGACAGCACCUUCAGGCUCGCCAACCACGAUCUCUCCGACGGCACCUGCGACGUCGAGGUCCGCGUGAACGCCACCUCCGACCUCGGCCUCGCGCCCUUUGCCAUCAGCCGGACCAACCAGAGGCUCUACUUCCUCUACAACUGCACCGACCUCCGGGCGCGGCCGCCGCCCCGUUCGUGGGCGCCCGUGAACUGCACCAAGGGGUCCAACGUGUCCACCUUCAACUCCUUCGCGUUGCUCGCCGGCGGGUACAGGCCCGUGCCGGGGAACUGCAGGGUGUCGAUGAUGCCCGUGCUGGGGUACCCGGGGGCGGCCGGGAAGGACUACCGGCAGCUGAUGAAGGGCGGGUUUCUUCUGGACUACGCGGCCGACGACUGCGCGGCGUGCAAGGAGAGCGGUGGACGUUGCCGGAUUGACACCGACUAUGAUAUCUUCCAGUGCCACUGCUCCGACGGCGUGGCCGACCUCAUCGUUUGCGGGUCCAGAAUAGAUACACGGCGUGCCUCUUUGUCGAUGACAUACAAGAUGUAUCGACCGAUGGAUUCAUAUGGAAGAUAA